AUGGCCGACGAGGAACACCAGCCAGCACGGCCGCCAUUUCCUGGUGGUAGCCUACGGUCGCGACGCGCCACGGGGUCCCCUUCGCCGUACGUGUACUGGAUCCAGCCGGCCACUGUCCUCGCCGCCGAGUACCACUACUUCCACGGCUACGGCGAGGUCGUUGCCGCUCACGUCACCGACCCCGCAUACGAGGUCAGCCUGCCCGGGCUACGCCGCAGUCCUCUCCGGAUACGGGACUUCCCGUCCUACCUGGUCGACACGACGGGCAGCCCGCUGGCCAAGUCCGUCGUCGAGAUGUUCCGGGAACUUUUCGACAGCAUGGACCAGUGGCGGCCUAAGAUAAAGAAGCAUCUCGACGUGUUCGCCGUCGGUCCCAUGGUCGCCGCCGGUGGCUCAUCAAACGAAGAACGGAUCCAUUUGUACAAGCACGACGACGCCGACAAGAAGAGGUACAUGGAGUGGCUCGGAGCUCAGCCGGAGAGGUCGGUGGUGUACGUGUCGUUCGGGAGCAUAGCGAGCUACACCAAGCAGCAGAUCGAGGAGAUGGUGGAAGGGCUCCUGCAGUGUGGACGGCCAUACUUGCUGGCCCGCAGAGACGGGCUCGAGGAGGGUGCACGCCACGUCCUGGAGAACGCCCAGAGAAGCGGCGGCCAUGGGAUGGUCGUGGACUGGUGCAACCAGCCGGAGGUCCUGUCGCACCCGGCGGUCGGGUGCUUCGUCUCGCACUGCGGGUGGAACUCGACGAUGGAGGCCAUGGCCGCCGGCGUGCCACUCGUCGGCGUGCCCAGCAUGUUCGACCAGCUGACGAAUGCGCACUUGGUGGAGGAGGAGCGGGAGAUCGGCAUCAGAGGAGAGCGUAACAGCGAGGGUGUGUUAGCUGGGAUGGAGCUGGCAAGGUGCGUUGAGUUGGUCAUGGGUCAGGUACGAAAGCAAUGGCGAUAA